AUGUCUGGUUGGUUUAAAGGAAAGAGAACAUUCAACAUAACUAGAAAGAAUAACAAUACCAGCAGCACUUCAAAUAGUGAUACUAGCAAUGAAGAUCGUGGAAGUAUACUGGACGAUGAUGAAGAGAAGAACAAUAUGUCUUAUAUUUUGCCAAAAUAUAGUGACGAAAGUAUAAAUCAUAAUAGUACCAAUACUAAUCUUAUUCCAAACCAUACUGGUAAUAUCAAUGGUAACAGUUGCAUCAAUAAUACUCAGAAUAAUACUAAUAAUUAUAGCAUUCCUUAUACAGAUACACAAAAUAGCAUACACAGUAAAAAUGCUAGUUGGAGCACCAAAUCACGAAAACCCUUUUUUGCAUCCUUAAAAAGCAAAAUUAUUCAACUUUACCAGUUCGAUCAACUAUUUCAUUACUACCGUACUAAAAACAAAACGAAAUUUUUCACCAGCUUAUUAAAAACUUUAUUCGGGGGAUUUCUUACUUUGUUAUUAAUAUAUGUUUUAUUUAAAUCAUUAUAUGUUAUAAUCACAGGUAUUAUCGCUUUUUCACUUAAUAAUUUACCCUAUUAUAAAAAUCGUUAUCAGAUAUUAGACUUGAAAGAUAAGGAAUAUUACGAUUAUGAUUUUCAAAAUUUUGAUAUUGAUACUAUCAAAAAAUUCGACCAAGGUGCCGAGCACUAUUUUGUUACUCAUACUGGGGAGCUUUUAACCGAUCAAGAUAAAAUUGAAGUUGAAAAUAAACUAGAAAAAUUGUUGAGUAGUAGUGUAGAUACCUACGACUUGACUGAUUUUACUGGAUCCCCAGAAGGUAAAGAAAACAGAGACCAUGUUUUAAUUGCCAUCCCGCUAAGAAACGCUGAGGAUGUUUUAUCGUUAAUGUUUAAACAUUUAAUGAAUUUAACUUAUCCUCAUGAAUUGAUUGAUUUGGCAUUUUUGGUUAGUGAUUGUUCUGAAAAUGAUCAGACAUUGAAUAGUUUAUUACAAUACUCUUUGGAUUUGCAAAAUGGUACUUUAUCUCAAGUUCUACAGGAUUUGGAUGACAUUGAGUCCAUUCAAUUUAGAAAGUUCCAAAAAGACUUGGAAGAGCAACAACAAAAAGAUAAAGAACUUUCUGACGCUGAUUAUGAGGACUAUUCCCUGUUCAGUAAUAGAAAUCUAUAUUUGAAAUAUAUGGAUCCAAAUUACUUAAGGGAAGUGCACAGAGCUUUUUCACCACCUUUCCACCAAAAUUACAAUAAACCCUUCAGAUCUAUCCAGAUAUUUAAAAAAGAUUUUGGUCAAGUUAUUGGUCAAGGUUUUAGUGACAGGCAUGCUGUUAAAGUUCAAGGUGUUAGAAGAAAAUUAAUGGGCAGAGCUCGUAACUGGCUAGUUUCCAACUCUUUAAAACCAUAUCAUUCGUGGGUUUAUUGGAGAGAUGCCGACGUUGAGUUAUGUCCGGGAAGUGUCAUUGAAGAUUUAAUGAAGUUUGACUAUGAUAUCAUUGUCCCUAAUGUUUGGAGACCGUUGCCAACCUUUUUACAUUCUACAGAACAACCAUAUGAUUUGAAUUCUUGGAUUGAAAGCGGUCCGGCACUGGAAUUAGCCCGCUCUUUAGAUGAAGAUGAUGUUAUUGUAGAAGGCUAUGCGGAAUAUCCAACCUGGAGAGUCCAUUUGGCUAAUUUAAGAGAUCCAAAUGGGAAUCCUCAGGAUAUCAUAGAUUUGGACGGUGUUGGUGGGGUUAGUAUUUUAGCCAAGGCCAAGCUAUUCCGUAACGGCAUUAAUUUUCCUGCUUUUACAUUUGAAAACCAUGCUGAAACCGAAGCCUUUGGUAAAAUGGCUAAAAAAAUGGGUUAUAGGGUUGGUGGAUUACCCCAUUAUACUUUAUGGCAUAUUUAUGAGCCGAGUGAAGAUGAUUUGAAAGAAAUGGCUAAAAUAGAAAGAGAAAAUAGAAGAAAAGAUUGA